UUCCAUCCUUCAAGAACUCUUCAACUACUCCACCCACCACAAACACCCAUUACUACCUCUCUUAAUUCUCUCCCACACUACUUCUUCUUCUUCUACGCGGUUCGCUCAUUCUCGCCGGAAUCCGGUCAUUCUGUUCCCGCCGGCAGCUAUUGUUUUCAACGCACCGGAUUCCGGAGACUGUUUUUGAAUCAGGAUCAGGCGAUGGAGUCGACUUCCGAUAGCUCGAUGAAAAUCUCGCCGUUGGAUCUGAUGGCGGCGAUUUUCAAGGGCAAGAUGGACCCCUCCAACGCCUCCGCUGCCUCCUCUGCCGGCGCCGAGGUCACCUCCGUCAUUCUCGAGAAUCGUGAGUUCGUUAUGAUCCUGACGACCUCGAUUGCCAUUUUGAUUGGCUGCGUCGUCGUUUUUGUGUGGCGGCGGUCGAGUGCUCAGAAGCCCAAGGUUGUCCAGCCUCUUAAGCCGUUGGUCAUCACGAAGCCUGAACCGGAGCUCGACGAUGGAAGCAAGAAGGUCACAAUCUUCUUCGGCACGCAAACCGGUACUGCUGAGGGAUUUGCCAAGGCUUUGGCUGAGGAAGCGAAAGCUCGCUAUGAAAAGGUCACAUUCAAAGUUGUUGAUUUGGAUGAUUACGCAGCUGAUGACGAGGAGUAUGAGGAGAAAUUGAAAAAUGAGAGUUUGGCAAUUUUCUUCUUGGCCACAUAUGGUGAUGGUGAGCCGACGGAUAAUGCUGCUAGAUUUUACAAGUGGUUUACAGAGGGUAAAGAGAAGGAAGCAUGGCUUCAAAAUCUUCAUUACGGAGUGUUUGGUCUUGGAAACAGGCAGUAUGAGCAUUUCAAUAAGGUGGCCGUGGUUGUGGAUGAGAUCCUUGCUGCUCAGGGUGGGAAGAGACUUGUUCCAGUGGGCCUUGGAGAUGAUGAUCAAUGCAUAGAGGAUGAUUUCACUGCAUGGCGAGAGUUGAUGUGGCCUGAGUUGGACCAGUUGGUUCGAGAUGAGGAUGAUGCAACCACACCUGCUUGCACACCUUACACUGCUGCUGUCUUGGAGUAUCGAGUUGUAUUUAAUGAUGCUGCUGAUGCACCAGUAGAGGAUAAGAGCUGGAAUAAUGCAAACGGUCAUGCUGUCAUUGAUGCUCAGCAUCCAUGCAGGGCUAAUGUUGCUGUGAGAAAGGAACUUCAUACUCCUGCAUCCGAUCGUUCUUGCACCCAUCUCGAAUUUGAUAUUGCUGGCACUGGACUUACAUAUGAAACUGGUGAUCAUGUCGGUGUGUACUGUGAGAAUCUUUCUGAAACUGUGGAAGAGGCGAUAAGUUUGUUGGGCUUGGCUCCGGAAACAUACUUCUCGAUGCACACUGAUAUGGAUGAUGGUACACCACUCAGCGGAGGCUCCUUGUUACCUCCCUUUCCACCGUGCACAUUAAGAACAGCACUAACUCGAUAUGCUGAUCUUUUGAGUUCUCCAAAAAAGUCUGCCCUACUGGCUUUAGCUGCCUAUGCAUCUGAUCCAGCUGAAGCGGAUCGAUUAAGACAUCUUGCAUCACCUGCUGGGAAGGAUGAAUAUGCUCAAUGGAUGGUUGCAAGUCAAAGAAGCCUUCUUGAGGUCAUGGCUGAAUUUCCAUCAGCCAAGCCCCCACUUGGAGUCUUCUUUGCAGCAGUUGCUCCAAGGUUGCAGCCUAGAUACUAUUCAAUCUCAUCAUCCCCGAGGAUGGCACCAUCUAGAAUUCAUGUUACUUGUGCACUGGUUUAUGACAAAACAUCAACAGGAAGGAUUCACAAAGGAGUGUGUUCAACCUGGAUGAAGAAUUCUGUGCCUUCAGCAAAAAGUGAUGAUUGUAGUUGGGCACCCGUUUUUGUUCGGCAAUCAAACUUCAGACUUCCUGUUGAUACUAAAGUACCUAUUCUUAUGAUUGGUCCUGGAACUGGAUUGGCUCCUUUCAGGGGUUUCCUGCAGGAAAGAUUAGCUCUUAAAGAAGAUGGAGCAGAACUUGGACCCUCCGUAUUAUUCUUUGGAUGCAGAAAUAGUCAAACGGACUACAUUUACGAAGAUGAGCUGAACAACUUUGUAGAAAAAGGUGCACUUUCUGAGCUUGUGGUUGCAUUCUCCCGCCAGGGACCCACCAAGGAAUAUGUGCAACAUAAAAUGAUGCAGAAGGCGUCAGACAUCUGGAAUAUGCUAUCUCAGGGAGGUUAUAUUUACGUUUGUGGUGAUGCUAAGGGCAUGGCCAGGGAUGUCCACCGAACUCUUCACACAAUCGUGCAGGAGCAGGGAUCUCUGGACAGCUCAAAAGCUGAGAGCAUGGUGAAAAAUCUGCAAAUGAAUGGCAGGUAUUUGCGUGAUGUGUGGUAAUAAUUCCCUCCUAGAGAAAAGAGGGAAGUUGCAGUAUAUCCUUAAAAUAUAUAUAUAUAUAUAUCUUCUGCCGAGGCCAAGUUUGGGACACACAUUUGUGAGGGCCUUUUCGGAUGCCUGCCCUUUCCAGCCUUGACAGGACAAUAGCUCGUGUUGUGAUUAAAGCAAUUGGUUCUGUGAUUCUUUCUUUCCCCUACCUACCCAUAUGAAGGAUUUUUUGGUUCUUGUAAUUUAUAGACACAGUUAUAUGAUAAGUAGGAAUAGUUUAUCAGACUCUAAUUUUCGUUGUACGAACCUACAAGAAGGUUCAAAUGACAGACAAAUCUUUAUUUCUUUUGCCCAUCUGUAAUUGUAUUACAUGGAUCAUUGUAGUUAACGUUUGGUAUCUAAAGUAUACAUAAGCGUAAUUUAUUAUC